CCAGGGUACUAGUCGGAAUGUGUGCAAGGCUGUUUGCAUGAACGAUGCGAUGUCGUUGAUCGCAUUUUAAUCGUAACUCCUCCACAAUUGGCAGUAUUUGAUAAGGAACACAGGGGGGAGAGCAUCUAGAAGAGUAUAAAUAGCGAGUGUAUUCUUCAGCAAACGGUACAGUUGUUCUGUUCAAUCGAAAGCCAAUCAAACCAUCCUUUAAACAUGUUUGCCAAAAUCAUCUUCUUCUUCGGCCUGCUCGUUGCUGCUGCCUACGGCAAGCCCGUAUUCCCGCUGGCCUACUCGGCACCGCUCGUUGCUGCUCCUUCCGUAGCGGUGGCCUCUCCACUGGCCGCUCCGUUCGCUGCUGCCGCUUACACGGCGGCUGUCCCGGCAGUUUCGGCGGCAUACACGGCUUCUCCUUACGCCUACAGUGCUUAUCCUUACAGUGCCUAUGGAUCGUAUUUGCUGUAAAACGUAUCUCAUCUGCUCAACAAGUACACAAAUGAAGCAUCGGUUGAUGGUGGUUAUGUUUGAAAUAUAAAUUUAUUGUUUGCAAGUACAA